CUUCCCCUUGGCUCUAUCUCGAUCUCCCUCUUCGUCAGAAACAAAGGAGGCCCUCCAUCAGCAGUCAGUCUCUCCACGAAAACCAGCUCAAGAAGAUUCAAGAUGCCGGACACAAUCAUGUCCAAGGAGCCCACUACCAACCUGGAGAGUGCCAUGCAGAUGUUGAUCAAGACCUUCCACAAGUAUUCAGGCAAGGAGGGGGACAAGUAUACUCUGAGCAGGGGUGAGCUGAGGGAGCUACUAACGGAGGAGCUGGGGAGUUACCUAGGGAACGCUAAAGAUAAUGACGGGGUAGAGAAGGUGAUGAAUGACCUGGACGCCAACAAUGACGGAGAGGUGGACUUCACUGAGUUUAUCAUCCUCAUGGGGGCGCUGACUGUCGCCUGCAACGACUUCUUCCUGGAGUUCAAGCAGGACGAAAAACCGGCAGGCACGGCUGCGACAACAGAGGGGGAGAAGAAGGAGUGAGGCGGUGGGGGAACGAGGGGUGGGGGUGGGGAGGGAGGGUGGAGAUGGAUGGAAAAUGGAUGGAGGGCAAUGAACUGUUGAAGAAAGGAAAGUUGGGAUGCAGUGUCAACAAGAGGGUGGUCUCACGCAACGUCUUGAUGUAGAAGGAAAGAUGAGGGAUGGGGGUCAUUCCUGUGCAGAAGGAAAGGGAUGAUUUAGUGUCAUGUGGAUAUUCAGAAGGAGCUGUGUGUUCCCAUUGUCUGCAAACGUAUUUCCUAGCACAGAUACGGAAUCACUGUCACAGUUCUUGUGUAGAUGAUUGUUACUUAAUUCAGAGUAUGAGUGAGGAUUGUCCCUUUAGAAGACCAAAUGUAUCUACUCAGAUUAUGUGUUGUAUAUUCAGACAAAUUGUGUAAUGGGUUGGUGAAAGUGAAGAAUUAAGAUAGAUCAAAGGAAAUUAAAUGACAAUGGUUUAAUAUCUCUUUCACAUGAAAGACUUUCUGGGCGUCAAAUCAAGUCAUUACGUAUUCAGUGUUGACCAUAUGAAUAUCAUUUAUCUCUUUCUUUGCAACUAUUUUGUAAUCUUUUUGGUAAUAACCGCUGUGUUCUUCAACAUAUUAAACAUUACAUUUACCCUGACCUAAAUCA